AUGCAGUCCCAGAUUUCGAAAAAUUUCAAUACGAACUUCCCCGACCUCCCACCCUUUCCCACCGACAUACCCACCGCUCCUCUCCUUCGGCUGUCCCUCGGCAAGCUACUAGCAGGAGAUAAAUUAGAACUGGACCGCCUUUUCGAAGCAUCUGUGGAAAUUGGAUUCUUCUACUUAGACUUCCAAGAUUCUCAGCUCGGAUCUUCCCUACUCCAAGAUGUCGACAAGUUGUUUGGGGUAGGCAAAGAGCUGUUCGAACUCUGCUUAGAAGAGAAGAACAAGUAUGACUUUAGCAAGCAGAACUCAUACUUUGGGUAUAAAGCGCAAGGUGUAGCGGUCGUGGACAAGGAGGGGAAUUUGGAUCGGAAUGAGUUCUACAAUGUCUCAAAAGACGAUAUUCUCGGCAUCUCAGAGCAACUUCCAGCACCAAGCCUCCUCAAUCAAAACAGAAAGCCCAUCGAAUCCUUCAUGCGCAACUCCCAUGCCAUCGUAACGCUAAUCCUCACGAUCCUCAACGACCAACUAGGCCUCCCAGAAAAAACACUACCAGACAUGCAUCGCCAAAGCGCUCUAAGCGGCGAUCAAAUCCGCUGGGUAAAAGCACCACCCCAACCCAUGAACGACAGACGAGUCGCACUAGGCCAACACACCGACUUUGGCUCAGUAACAGUCCUACUCAACCGACUCGGCGGGCUCCAAGUCCAAAUGCCCGGAACGGACGACUGGGUCUACGUACGUCCACUACCAGGGCAUGCGAUAAUCAAUCUCGGUGACGCAAUGGUGAAAUUCAGCAAUGGGCUCUUACGCUCAAAUAUUCAUCGCGUUAGUGCGCCACCUGGUGCGCAAGCUGAGUGCACAAGGUAUAGUCUUGUUUACUUUGCACGUCCUGAGGAUGAGGUUAUACUGCGGCGGUUGGAGGGGAACCUGAUUCCGCCUUUGGAGGGCAACGAGGUUGAAGAGGAUGUUAGUAGUAAGGAGUGGAUUAUUAGGAGAGCUCUAGGGCCAAGGGUUAAUCUUGGUCGGAAGGUUGAUCUGGACAAAUCGGCUGGAACGGAGGAGCUUAGUCGGAGAAUCAAGGUUUAA